AUGAAAUUGCUAUCUAUCGGCAUGCUGAUAUUUGCUUGUUCGGCAGCAGCACUGACCGAUUCCAGCCGACGACUACGUCCUCUUAAGGUCAACGAAACAUACUCCUAUAUUUCUGCCACCAUCACCAUCCCCACGCCCACACCCACAGGAAGUGCAAAUGGGCCACCCUCCAACUACCAGGCAGCGUCGGCCUGGGUGGGAAUUGAUGGAGAUCCCUACACCAGCGCCAUCCUUCAAUCAGGAGAGGACUUCUAUGUCAUGGAUGGAGAAGCCUAUGCAGACCCAUGGUACGAAUGGUACCCUAAUAUUGCACUCUUUUAUGACGAGAUCCUCGUCAAUCCUGGCGAUGUGGUUGUUAUUUCAGUGAAUGUUACCGUGGAUGGUAAAGAUGGCGUUUGUAUAAUUCGAGAUCUGUCCACCGGGGAGAGUGCAACUCAGACUGUCGCUGCACCUAAGAGUACCGUUACAAUCAGAGGGUGGAGUGCAGAGUGGGUUGUGGAAGGCUUUCAUACUAACGGCUCGCCGGUUCCUUCGUUGGAUUCGACCAGGUUCGGUUUUCAGGAUGUACUGCAGCGGCAGCGGGGCGGAGGCAUGGGUGUCGUCAAUAACUCGGAAAUUAUUGUUUCUCAUGCAUGA